GAAAGUGAACGUUUGAAGUCGCCAUGUCACAGCAGGAGAAAAAGCCAGAGCCUGGAGACCUUAUUGAAAUCUUCCGAGGCACAUAUCAGCACUGGGCUGUUUAUGUUGGUGAAGGUUAUGUGAUUCACCUGGCACCUCCCUCUGAACACGCUCAAACUGGAGCCUACAGUAUGAUGUCAGUAUUAAAUGAUAAAGCCAAAGUGAAGAAAGAAGAGCUUAAUAAAGUAGUUGGCAAUGAUAAUUAUCAUGUCAACAACCUUCUAGAUGGGAAAUAUAAUCAACGUCCUGUUGAAGAUAUUCUACGGGAUGCACACAGUUUUGUGGGAAAAGAACUUCCAUAUUGUGUCUUUAGUGGGAACUGUGAGCACUUUGUUACAGAGCUGAGAUACGGAAAAGCAGAGUCCCGACAGGUACGAGUCGGAGUGACGGCUGCAGUUGUAGGUGCUGGUGUAGUGGCUGGCAUUGGAAUCGGUGCUUAUGUCAUUUCGAAAUUUGCUGGUUCAAAAAAAGACAAGCAGACACAAUGAAUAUAAUGAAAUAAAAACUGGUACUGGGUUAUUUAAAGCC